UGUAGCCAAGGAAACAGGCUUUUGCUUUAUUUUUAGUGAUCUUUUUUCUUUCGAUUUCUUUCGAUUUCUUUGUUGUUAUUCAUUGUUCUUUUCUAUACAUAACAUGGCGUUUGUUCAACAGCAUCGAAGGCGAUAUCAUCGAUCGCAACCUUCGGUUUCAUCCGAUUCCGAAGAUAUGAGUUCGAUAUAUCACAAAAGCGGGUCAGUAACUCAGACCAACCUGGUUUUAUCGCCUGGCGUAACUCAGCCCAGUUCUUCGUACCCGUCCGACUCUGAUACCGAUUGGCAUGUCAUCAGUUCAGCCUUGCCAUCGGCCUCAUCGUCGCAACCUAGUCCCUCCCACAGCAAUCUUUCACCGGCAUUACCACCUUCGGAAACCGAAUCGUUCUCUUCUUUUCGUCCCUCCGAUACCGAAUCGUUUUCCGACGUCGACAUGCAUGGCGAUGCGACGGUCGAUCCCAGCCAUGGUCAAAGCUCACUGUUCUUCAGUGCGUUGCCUGCUCACGACGGCACCGGUUUAUUUGUAAUUAAUUCCGACAACAGAAGCGCGCAUGACGCAAACACUCCCGCGGCGUUUGCGAGGGUCGUACAGCAUAUGCUGGGUGAGCAGGAAUGGCGAACCACGACGGACGAGCAAGAAUUUGAACCCGACACCACCAGCAUGCCUAAUAUUCUUUUACCUCACGGUGGCAUCUGUCCACCGUCAUUUGCCCAUUCAAUCCAUAUGUCGUCGGCUUCCAGUCUAUCCCAGCCAGUGUCGCCAACUUCUGCUUCUCCUCAUCCUCCCUGGGCGGAGUUUACAACCCACGAUUUGGACAUGGUCUUGUCAGCUGAGGCCAUGGAGCCCGUUGACGCCCAGCUGUCCGAAGCAAGUGUAACCACGACGAGCACCACCAGUACCAAUCGCGCCUACACUCGCGACAAUGUCAAGUUUACACGACGACGGUAUCGAAAUCUCGAUAGUAUUCCGACGCAUCAUCCAGCCAUUCCGGGAACCACGACAUCUUUUGCCAUUCUUUCGAUUGUGUGGAACCACAUUUGCCGUCUGACAAACCACUUGAUAGAAAACGAUACAUCCACUUCAGAUACCCUGAGUUCGCUGUUUUCUGAAGCCGUUGUGGAAGGCCUUUUACCGCUGGGGUCGCAUCUGCAUAUGGAUUUAGGCGCCUCCCUUCGACCACUGUAUUCCAGACGCAGGCUAGAAGGCAUUCCAGAAAUUCAAUAGGAGUCGCCUCAGAUGAUGCAAUCGUUGGACCCCAGCACGCCCUAUCACAUGCGAUCUUUACCAAGUUAAUCUGUAAUACAUAUAAUAUAUACAAACAUGUCCAUGCGGAUACAUGUGCAUGUCGUCAGUAAUAUACUGAUCUACACAUGUUGACAAUAUCAUCAGGCAGAGCUCUUUUACAAUGUACAGUGACUCUUAAAGUUUCCGGACACGGUUAAACCCAAUCCAAUUCUUGCCAAAUUUUUCUACAUACGAAUACAUUAAAGCCAUUCAUUUCUAGAGCG